ACCACACGCAACCACCGAAAUGCUCCAUGACCAGCUGAUGAUUAGCCCAGCCGAAAAUGCUUCAAGCUCCCUCAAAACGGAACAGAUUAGCUCAAGCUCGAGCACUGAUCACUAAUCGUCACACAGUUCCACUCAAACCGGUUCGUUCAAACCGUUUCAGAACACCUAAUGUUCAAGCUGACCGUUUAUUCAUCAUCGGACCGUCUAUUUAGUCCAAUUUUCCUGUCGAGCAGCUAUCCUAGCUGUUAAGUAAUAUCAAAACCUCCACUGGCUAAUUCCAGCGGCAGAUUUACGAGUUUCAUCUUUGUUAUUUCUAGAUGGAGAACUCACCCUCUCUAUCUAUGGCUGUAGGAGGAAAGCGCAAGAGAGAAGGGGAAGAGGAGGAUUUCCGUCCCGAAAUCAACGGCUCUAUUACGAACCUAGCAGCUCCUUCUAACUGUCCGUUCGACCAAAUCACAACAUCAUCAUCACAUCCAGUCCUCGCUUCUCCUCGGGAGAAGGACUUUCUUCGUGAGAAGGACUUUCUUCGUGAGAAGGACUUUCCUCGUGAGAAGGACUUUCCUCGUGAGAAGGACUUUCCUCGCGUCUCGCAGGACAGUCCUUGCGUUGUUGGAGUUCCAUCAAAACCCGAGACAGUUCACGAAGACCACGAGAGCACGCCGCAACCGCUAUCGCCGUCAAUAAAUGCCCGUCAGCUGAUCCAGCCGCCGGGAGUUGUGUCCCAAGAAAUGGCGGCUCGCGUCGUAGCCGGGUCUCAGCAGAAAGAAGAGGCUGUCGCAGCAGCGGAAGCGGAGGCAGCUGCUGACGCCGCGGCUGCUGCGGCGGAAGAGGCGGCGGGAUUCUCUCGAGUAACAGAGGACAAAACGACGGAAUUUACUCCGGAGGAGAUUGACUCGAUCUGCGAGGAAGCAGCGGCGGUUGUAGCGGCUACAGCUGCCGCAGCGGCAGGCGCGCUGGCGAGCGAGAAGUGGGAGGCAGAGGCGAGCAGCGAGGAGGCGGAGAUGAAUAAACGGAAACGUAGACGGAGAGUCCACAAGAAGACGGCGGAGGGAAAUUUCCCGUCAGCGUCAAAUCAACCCGAGGAGGGUGGGAGGUCGGAGGGAGGACGGGAGGAGGGGAGUGAGACGACGGAGAGCGACGCGUCUGAGGAGGAGAGGGGAGGACCGGGGAUGGAUGCGCGACUCGGAGAAGCGGAGGAUGCGGCGGCGCGAGAAGCGCCGCGGAACGCCGCGGGAAACUCGGAGGAGGUGGAGCUGGUUAAACAGCAGCGGCAGGGGGGGGAUGAUGGCGAAGACGUGGCGCUGUCACUGUUCGACGCGGAGAAGAACGACGCCAUGAUGGACGUGGACGGCAGCGCGGCGGCGGCGGCGGCGGCAGAUGCGGCGUAUUUUGCGGAGAGCGCCGGUCGGAAGGGAGGCCAAGAAGACACGUACGGAAGAAUGGAGGAAGCUUCUGUGGCUGCAGACCCCUCGAAAGAGUCGAGACUUGCCGCUGCUGUUGAAUUGGCGACAGCCACGAAUGUUGCGCCGGCGGUCGCGGAGAGCCAUGCUGACAGUUGCGCCGUCGGGAAGAGCGCCGCCGUGCAUGGGGGGAAGGCGAAGGGGAAGGAGCAAGCGCGAUUGGCGGCGGUGUCGCAGGUGCUGGUUCGCACGAGCCUGGAGUCGAGUCGCACGGUGGUUCUGCGAGUCAAGCCGAGGGACACCGUGGAUGACGUGCUGUGGCAGAUCCAGCGCAAAACGGGUCUUCCAGCUCACGAGCACCGUCUCAUCUACGCCGGAAAGCAGCUCGACACCUCCGCUCGCCUGCAGGACGUGCCUGUGCCGCACGAUGCAACGCUGCAGCUGAUCGGACGGCUGAGAUCGACGCUCUUCCCGGACGUGUGGCUGCUGGUGGCGGAGAUGGAGGCGGGACUGGCGCAGCUGCAGCGCCUGGAGGCCGUGGGCGCGGGCGCGGGGGAGCCCCCUGGCGCGGGGAAAGCAGCGGAAGGUGCGAGUGGAGGAGGAGUCGUGGAGGCUCAAUUAGACGACAGCAGUGGUGUCAUGGAGCAAGACGCAGCCCAGCCGCAGCAGCAGGCACAGGAAGCAGCGCACCAGCAAGAGCAGCAGCAACAACCACAACAACUACAACAGCAACAGCAGGAGGUGCCAGCAGGCGGGGGAGGCGCGGUGCUGAGCUGGCAGGCGAACGGCAAGGGGCGGCGGCAGCGGCUGAGCAAGUACUACGAGGACAAGAUCCACUGCGCCAUGGCGCAGCUCUACGUGCGCGCCGUCGACACCAUCCGGAGCGGCCACGACGGCUGGACCAUUAAAUUGGCCGAAUACAUCGAAGCCUUCAGGCUAGCAGGAGGGGUGCGGGCAGCGGUGCAGCUGCUGCAGCUGAAGGAGCCGCACCACAUGCGGUUUGCCGAUCAGACCGUCGCUAGCUUCCUGGACGAGCGAGCCCUGAUCACGUACAUGCACGACUACGCGUGCCCCGGUAAAUUCGCCCGCCCCCUGCUGGACUACCUGGGGCCUGUGCUCAUGGAGCUGCACGUGCUGCUCGACUCGUGCCGCCUCCGCCCUGCUCUCACCACCAGGUGUUGGGACGCGCUGGUGAAGUUGUUUGGCAAGGUGCAGCUGGGUCGCUUCUGCCCACAGCUCAACCGCUCGCCGGACUGGCUCGUGCGCAACCUCGCUCCGUUCCUUGAGAAGGCGGCCUCAGACCUCUGCAUAAGCCUGCACCAGCUAACCCUCCUCGCAGCAGCGAAAUCCGACACUCUGACCACCCCCCUCACCUCCUCCUCCUCCACCGCCUUCAAGACCUUCGCAUCAGCCAUCGUCCUCUCGCUCCCCUUCUGCCGCCCGGCUGUGCGCCAGUCCGCGUUCUGCCGCCCGGGGUGGCUGCUGACUGUGUUUGGCUCGGUGCUGAGACACGUGGACGCGUGUCUGGCUGAGUCAGCACGGUUUGCCAGGCGCCUGCUGCUACUCACAGAGGGGCCUGCUGUGCUCGCCAGUACUGCUGCUGCUGCUGCUGCCGCUGCUGCUGCUGGCGCGGAUGCUGCUGGCGGUGCACUUGGCGGUGGCGCUGCUGCAAUUUUCGGCAGUUUUGCUAGUGGUGGCGCCGCUGCUGCUGGUUUUGGCCCUGCUUCUGAUCUAUCAGUGCUGUCGUCAUCAGCUGCUCCCUUUGGUGCUGCUCCCUUUGGCUCGUUCGCUGCGAGCUGGCCCUACUUCGGUGGUCUCCCUACCUUUGCUGCCCCAUCGCCUGCAUACUCACCUGAAACAGCAGCCGCUGUGGCGGCAGCAGCAGCUGCAGCGCAGCAAGCACAGCUAUCCCAGUCAGCAACCGCGCUGCACCCAUACCAAUAUCACCCAACCACGACAGGAACAGCAGUAGCAGCGCAUGCCUCCAUAGGCGCAAGCCAGCAUACUGCGUCUGCUCCUCCUGUCCCGCACAGCCCACCCUGGCACAACCACCACAACCACCACCACAAUAACCACCACUACCAUUACCAUCAACCCGCCACCCCUUCACCCAUCCACACCUCCCCUCACCGCAACCACUCCCAUCACUCCCCCCAACCCCCACCCCCCUUCCCUCCCCCAGCCUCGUCUCCCUUCUCCCUCCACUCCCAAUCCUCCCCACUCGCCCCGCUCUCCCCUCCGGACCUGGUCGGCCGCAUGGCCCUCUCCCUCCUCCCAGAGCCACUCAGGGAGUGCAUCCCAGCCGUGCUCCAAGGACUCUACCUCCUGGCCGCCGCAGCAGCAGGGGCGGGGAGGGAGGGCAGCGCGGAGCAGCUUGUAGGGUUACUGGUGCGGCACCGGGGGUGUGUGAAUGCGGUGAUUCAGAACCAGCACCUGGCGCCGGGAGGGGACCUGGCGUGGGUGUGCGAGCACAGGGAGCUGAUCGAUAUGGAUGUGAAGCGGCGGUGGAUGGGGGCUCUGCUGCCGGAGCCAGCUGAAGACCACGCCAAUCGAUGCACCGUCAUUGUGCACAGAGGCGCGUCCCUCCUCCAUGAGUCAUUCAACCAGAUCUUCUAUGCACCCCCGGACGCGCUGAAAGCUGGCCUCCUCGUGCAAUUCGUCGACGAGGACGGGUCCGGCGCCGGGGUGCUCCGCGAAUGGUUCAUGCUGGUGGGCUGCGAGCUUUUCUCGGGGGUAAACGCCCUCUUCUCCGCCUGCCCGGACGACCACCAGCGCUUCUUCCCCUCGCCCUCCUCCUCUGUCAACCCCGGCCACCUCUCCUACUUCCGCUUCUGCGGCCGCGUCGUCGCCCUAGCCCUCAUGCACAACAUCCAUCUCGACGUCACCUUCGCCCUGGCAUUCUACAAGCUGCUGGCCGGGCGGGAGGUGACGUGGCGCGACUGCAAAGACAUUGAUCCGGAGCUGUUUGCGAGCUGCAGAGCGAUCCUGGCGCUGCCGGCCACGGACGUGGAUGCGGACGUGUUGGGGCUGACGUUUGUGUGCAGCGUGGAGGAGCUGGGGGAGAGUAAGGUGAUGGAGCUGUGCCCCGGAGGGGAGUUCAUCAAAGUGACCAACAGCAACCGCCACGCCUUCAUUGACCUGCUCGUCAAGAGACGCAUCGUCGCGCCCAUGAGGCUGCAGGCCUGCGCCUUUGCUGCUGGCUUCUCAGAGCUUUUGCACUGCCGCGACCUCCCCAUCUCGCUCGCCCUCCACCCCUCCGCCGUCCGGAUUCCCCACUCCAUUCCUGCUGGCGUCAGCAUUCCUGCUGCUGGCGUCACCAUGGGCCCUGCUGGCGUCAGCAGUGGCGUGAUCAGCCGAGUGCCGGUGGCCACACCAGGGAGUGCAGAGACAGGGGGGCAGCAAUGGGGCCGCGCAGCCCCUCCUGCUGCUGCAACGGCACCAGUACUGGCAUCAGAACCAGCACCAGCAGUACCAGCAGCACCAGCAGUACCACCAGCAGCAGCAACAGCAGCAGCCCAAGCACAUGUAACAGCCCCUGCCGCAACUUCCCUUCCCUUGCCCACUGCCACUCCGAACACAGCAGCAUCAGCAGCAGCAGCGGCGGCUGUAGCAGCAACCGCCCUGUGGGCUGCUGCCUUGCAAGGGGCGUCUGGGCCAGGAGCCCUGCCUGCAGCUAUGGAAGCUCUUCCAGCAGUCAUGGCUGCCCAUGCUACAGCCGCUGCAGGUGCCCCUGCUGCUACAGCCGCUACAGCUGCAGCUGCGUUGCAAGGGGUGAUCGACUCUGUCCCAGCAGUCCUUGCCAGCCACCCAUCAGUCGUGGUGCCUCUAGCUACAGCUGCUACAGCUGCUGCUGCUGGUGCUACAGGCGCCCUGCCAGAAGUCCUUCCCAUGACUACAGCUGUUGCUGCUGCAAGUUUGCCCACUACGGCUGCAUUGGCUGUAUCGGUUGCAGCCCCUAUGGCGCCGGUUGCAGCCCCAAUGGCGCAGGUUGUAGCAUCCUUGAUAAGUCCGGUUGUAUCGAUGGUGGAGAGUGGGUGGGUGAUGCAGCAGGCGCUGAGGCCUUUGGACGCGGGGGACUUUGAGGCGCUGCUGUAUGGUGAGGAGAGGGACAUCGACGUGGGUGACUGGCGCACUCACACUGACUACCAUGGCUACCGCGCAACAGAUCCUGAGAUUGAGUGGUUCUGGGAGGUGGUGGAGGAGAUGACCAAGGACCAGCGCAGGCGGCUGCUCUACUUCACCACUGCCAUCACGCGCCUCCCUGCCUCGGGCUUUGCAGGCCUGCAGUCCAGGUUCCACAUUCACCUCGCACUGACUGACACUGCACAUCUGCCGACUGCCCAUACAUGCUUCCACCAACUGGUGCUGCCGCCCUAUUUGUCCAAGGCCAUGAUGAGGCAACGAUUGCACACUGUGAUCGCAGACCACCUUGUACAAGGGUUUGGGUUUGCAUAAUUUUGUUAGUUAGUACGAGUAGCCAUUGUAUAGGCGCUGCUUGCAGGCUGUUUUCAGCCACGUGAAUUGUAUAAUGUAAAUCUUAGGAUGGGUUGCCAAAUGGCAGUAAUGCCAUCUCAUAUUUUCUUGUACAAUAGCCAUAGCAGUGAGGAAUCCUGUUGCAUGUACGCAGA